AGGGGCUAAAGGCGGAAGCUCUGUUUGUUUCUGGCCCUGACGCUCCCGCGUAACACAACCAGAGAGCUGUCAACUUUCUGGAGUUCAUAACUACUGAACACAUUUACAUGAAGUAGCUGGCCAAACACUAGCGGGCUUGCUUGUGCGGGAAUGGGAGCUAACAACAGCACGCGCCGUGUGUCUUUUGAGUCGGAUGAGAAUGACAACAUAACGAUAGUGAAGGGCAUCAGGCUCUCUGAGAAGGUCAUCGACCGCAUGAGGGAACCCUCAGACCCACUGAGCCCCCAGGUUCCCAGCAGGCCCCCUCCUGCUUCUCCCCCUGUGGUUGAUCCUCUGCCAGCACUGGUGCCAAUAUCUCCUCCUCCACCUGACCCUGUCACUCUCCAUCCACCCCCUUCCUUGCCAGAGCGGGUAAAACUCCCUGAGCAAGUGACCACUCCUGCACCUCCUCCUCCACCUCUUGAAUCAGGGGGUGUUUUAUCAACCCCUGCAGAGGAUGAGUCUGAACUGAGGAGAAAGAUCACAGAAGAGCUGCGGAAAGGCCUGGAGGAGGACAGAAGAAAGACGCAAGAUGAACUCAACCAGUGGCUAGAAAAGGAAAAGUCUCAGGCUCACGCUCAGGCCCAGGCAGAAGCUCAAGCCCAGGUAAAGGACGAGGUGAGCAGGAUCCUCGCGUUAGAGAAAUCCGGUGCAGAGGAGACCAUCCAGAAGGCCAUCCUGAGAGAAAGAGUCUCUGCUGAAGAUGAAAGACUACAAGCUCAAAUAUAUCAGAUGGAGAGAAAGGCCAGACAGUUAGAGGAGAGAGACAAAGAGCUCCGGAAGCAGGACGCUUUCUACAGAGAACAAGUGGCCAAGCUGAAAGAAAGGAGUUCCCAGUUCUACAAAGUAACCAAUGAGAACUAUCACAAGGCAGCAGAUGAGGUCAACACCAAGUUCAAGCGAUAUGAAAUUAGUCCAGUGUGUACCGACCUUCAGGGGCAGAUUCUGAAGUGCUACAGAGAAAAUGCUGGGAAAACUCUGCUGUGCUCCAACAUCGCCUCUCAGUACCUGCAGUGUGUCAACAAUGCUAAACAGGAGAAGUUGAGGACUGGAGGUUAAGUCACGGAGCAGGAAAAGAGGAAGACCUGUUUGUAUCUGUGAUCUCACCGUUUAUCGACUGUUGCCAAUGAAAGACGCCACCCGGAGACACACCUGAGCAGAAUCUGCAGUGAAUUGAGAGAUAAACCCUUGAACCUUCCUUUGCUUUCCUAUACCUUUUCCCCUCCACUUUCCUCCUUCCUGUUACAAAGUAAAAGGUAAAAGGACAGAAUCAGUAAGCAGCGAUCGUAGGUUGAACUCGAGCGUUCUGAGCACCCGAACCAGAAAACACACGCUUUCUUUUGGUUCACAAAUGAUAGCACACAGAGAAAAAAGGCGAACUAGACACCAAAUAUUGCUCGCACUAGGCCCAUCCAUUAAGGUGGUUUAAGAGUUGGUUAGUUACUGUAGCGUCACUUAUCCAGUCGUCUACCUGUGAUCCACCCUGCUAACCCACCAUCACACUCUCCAUUGCUCUAGUCACAUCUUAGUUGUGUUUUUGCGUGAUGUUCGUUAUCGGUUUUUGUUGUGUCAUUCACAUGAGGAAUCAGGUUUGAGAUCCUGAUUUGCGUUAAGAAUAAAACGUUCAAAACCCGAGCAACUUC